CUCAAUCGGUUUCUUUAAAGCUAUUUCGUCAUUUGAAUGCUUGUAAUAACAAAUUUCUUUUUCGUCAUUAUUAACUGUACAAAUAUAUAAGAUGAUGAAAGGGGAAGUACUAGCUUAGCAUGCUUAUGUAUUGUGACAGUCAUAAGAAGCACAACAUUUCAAACUUGAUGUAACAAUGCUUGACUUAUCAACAGUGCUUCUGUUAUUUUGUGGAUUUUUCCUGGUCAUUUGGUGGAGAAAGACCACCAGAAAUGUCACUCUGCCACCAGGGCCACCGACAACACCAUUUCUGGGAAACUUAAACGUGAAGUUGGACAAUUUACCAGAAGCUUUCAGAGAAUAUAGGCUAAAGUAUGGUGAUGUGUUUAGUUUAAUAUUGGGAUCCAAAACAAUGGUCGUAUUUAAUGGACUUGAAACACUUAAAGAAGUGUUCAUCAAAAAUGGAGAUGUAACUUCAGAACGUCCUGAUAUGUUUAUUGCGAAAGAAAUUAGUCGUUAUAAAGGCAUUGCAAGUGCGUCUGGUCCGCGAUGGAAAGAACACAGAACCUUUGCAAUAGGAGCACUACGCGAGUUUGGGUUUGGUAAGAAGAGUUUAGAAUCUAAAGUAAUGGAAGAGGUUGAAGUUUUGAUGAAGGCCAUCGGAGAAAAACAUGGACAACCAUUCAGUAUCAGAGGACUUUUGACUUUGUGUGUUUCCAAUAUAAUGUGUUCAAUUAACUUUGGUCAACGCUAUGAACACACUGACGAGUUUUUCAUGUUACUUUUGGAAAAAAUUAAUGAAAACCUGAGCAACACAAAUAUAAUGUUUGUGGCUACCAUUUUUCCUUUUCUCAAACAUAUUCCUUUUGAUCCUUUUGGCUUAAAACGCAAUCUUCGUAAUGCUGAUGACGUGGAAAAACAUCUACUGCUUCUUAUAAAAGAACACGAGGAGACAUAUGAUGAAAAACAUCUACGAGAUUUUGUCGAUGUCUUCUUGAAAAAAAUGAAAUCAGAGGGAGGCAAUCCAAAUUCAACGUUUGACCAUGAGCAGCUUCUAAAAACAAUAGGCGACUUGUUUGUAGCAGGAACUGAAACGACAUCAACGGCUGUGCAGUGGUUUAUAGUAUUGCUAAUAAAUCACCCGGAAGUUCAAACUUUAAUGCGUCAAGAAAUCAGUGACGUCAUUGGAACAUCUAGAUAUCCAUGUAUGGAUGAUAGGGGGAAACUACCUUAUACAGAAGCCGUUUUACAUGAAGUUUUGAGAUUCGGUUGCAUUGCCCCUCUUGCUGUUCCACAUGGGUUGACUAAAGAUUUCCAUUACAAAGGUCAUGUGAUCCCAAAAGAUGCCAUGCUUAUACCUAAUUUGCAUUCAGUGCUGAACGAUCCUGAAAUUUUUGAAGAACCAGAAAAGUUCAGACCUACAAGAUUUUUGGAUGCAGAUAGAAAGCUUGUGAAUGUAGAUAAAGUUUUGGUCUUCAGUCUCGGACGAAGAGUUUGUCCUGGUGAGUCAUUAGCCAGAAUGGAGUUUUUCCUGUUUACAACGUCACUUGUGCAGAGAUUCAAACUACUUCCAUCAGAUCCAAAUAAGUUACCAUUACUUAAAGGAAAACUAGGCAUUACGUUGGCUCCAGAACAAUACACAUUUCGUGCAGUUGGAGUUGAAUCCCCGAAUUAGUUGUAGUGUAUAUGGUUUUUCUAUAAUCAAAACUCAAAUUAUAUGUAUUAACUGUGCAUAAUGUUAUAAUAAAAACUAUUUCUUCGCU